AUGUCUAUGAAAACUAUUGUUCAUUUACCAUCUGAUUCAAUUGAAGAAGUUAUUAAGAAUUUAUUUACUAAAUUACAUACUAUGAAACCUUCUAUAUUUAAUGAAAAUGCACAACCAUCAGAUUUUGUUUUAAAAGUUAGAGGAUUUAAUGAAUUUAUUAUUCCUUAUAAACGUGAUGGAAGUAAAUAUUGUUUAAGUGAUUUUGAUUAUAUUAGAAAAUGUAUUCAUCUGAAACUACCUAUUGAUGUAGUUUUAUUUAAUAGAGAAAAUAUGCAUCAUAAUUUAUGGAAUGAAAAUACUAUUAAAAUGAUGAAAUAUUUUGAUCAAUUUGUUGGAAAUAAUAAUUGGAAUCUUAUUCAAGAUGAAACUCGUUGUCUUUCUCAAAGAGAAUGUCAAACUCCUGUUUGUAUUCAAAUUAUUUCAGCAGAAAGAAUUAAACAUUAUAAAAUAACUAAAUUAAAAGAUGACAGUGAAAUAGUAAACCUUGAAGAAGAUUUAAAAAUUUAUAUUACUGGUUCAUUACAUUAUGGAACUCGUUUAUUAGUUAGACAAGAAUUUACACCAGUAUAUCAAAUUAAAGAAGGUAAAUUACAUUUAGAUUCUCCUAUAAUGAUGACAUUUAAUAUACUCAUAUCAACUCUUCCUAAAGAAACAAGACUAACAUUAUCAAUUUAUAUGACAGAUUCCCCUAUUAAUUUACAAGUAUUAGAAAUUAAUAAAAAAGACAUUUGUUUAGCAACUAUUAAUUGUAAAUUAGUUGAUUAUAAUGGUUAUUUUAUGAAAGGAUUAUUUAACGUUGGAAUGUGGGAAAGAACUGAACCAAAUCCUAUUAUGAUGUGUUGUGAAAAUACUUCUUCAAACACCUGUAAAUUACAUUAUCGAAUGAUAGAAUUUAAUAAACCUGUUAAAAUGAACACAUUUAUUGCAAAUGAACAAGAGUUAAAUACUAACAUAACAGGUUCUGUUAAGAUUGAUUCUGAACAUACACUAAGAUUUAAAUAUGCUGUUGAAGCUGAUCCAUUAACAGUACUUAGUCAAGAGGAUUGUAGAUUAUUAUGGACAUAUAGAUCUUUAGUAAUGAAAACAAAACCCCGCUCUAUAGCAAGGUUAGUUUCUGCU